AUGACUCGCUUUUCAGUGUUGUUCUACGCGUUUUUCACGAUUAUAACUGCUUGCUCGGAUUAUGAAGAUCUCGUAAAAACGCACAUCGAAACGUGAGAUUUGCCCAUUUUUGGUUUUUUUGUCUGCGAUGUUGAAGAAGUGAAUCUUUUCAGGAAAAUCAACAAAACUGCGGAUCCCUGUACGGAUUUCUACGCUCAUGUGUGCCCCACUGAUCUGCCCUACAAUCAAACAGUUGCUGACCGGCUUCGGCAACUUUAUCAGCAAGAAGCAGCAAAGUUUCACACGAAACACGACGAGUUCCUAGUUGAAUACUAACUUUGUCCAAAAAAAAGAGUUCAUUUCAGGGACAUUUGAGAGCAUAUACUCUUAGUUUUCAAAAAAUCGUUGACGAUCUUCUUGGUGUGUAAGUUUGAGAAAGUUUUGAACUUUUCUGUACUUUAGAUUCGAGUUUCCAGAUGCGACAUUCCUGGAGAUCACAAAAGUCAAGCAAUCGGAUUCGUAAACCGAACGACAGGCAUAGAGUUCAGUGAAAGCUUACCUUGUGAAUUCAUCAGCUAUACCUUUGGAAUGAAGGCUUCAGGAAAAAACCCUAAAAUGCUUGUGAGGAAAAAAAAGAUUGUUUUGUUUUAUUUUUCGUUUCGAGUUUGGCGAGCCUCUCGAAAUGUACUUCUACGGACCGCGCGAGCUCGAAUUUUCAAAGUCUGAGCUGGGCCAACGUUUGAGUAGAAAUGUUGAGAAUUUUUUCGAAACCUUUCAGGGCGAAGUUCAAAAAAAGUUCUUGGUAUGAUUUCUAAAGUUAUUAUCUUCAUCAACUUUUUAGGAAACUCCUUGGCUUAUUAACAAAAACGCAACAGAAAUCUAUCUGGAGUUUUUGAAGAGCAAUUUUUCACUUUUUCAAAAGACUGAAAAAAUCAUUCGCGAGUGGGAUAUGAUUUUCGAAACACUGAAAAACUAUUCAACAAAUUGCAAGUGAGUAAUUUUGUUGCAAGGAUGAUUUUUUUCCUAUUUUUGACAGGCCUAAUAAUACUAUACCCUCGUUUGUUUGCGCAAUGGAAGAACUGAACAAACUUAUCAAAGAAGAAGCGAGGCCGUCAAUGGAGUUUUACAUGUUUGGCCAAGGUCUCGAUGCCUUGAACCUUGUGAGUUUUAGGAAGUUGAUAGGAGUCCUAGCAGGAAUCGUUGUGAAUGAUGGCAUUUUAUGAAAACCUUAAAACGAUUUUUUGAGUUUUUUGCAAGUUCAUGGUUUCGGCCGAAUUUAUUUGAACUCCCAUUGGUUGAUAUGUAACUUUGAGUCGUGGCGAUGUAUUAUGCUGCUCUAAGAAUCUUUAAUAAUUCAAUUUUUUCUUUCAGGAUGAUCAAAUUCUCAUCAAUCGCGCAAAUCAAUUUCUAACUCUCACGAACAACAAAGCGCGAAUGGUUUGUUUUGUACUUCAAAAAAAUUAAAUUUUGGGAUUUAUUUUUUGCAGCUCGGUGGCUUUGGUUUUAUUGUUGCACAUGAAAUCAUGCACACUUUUUACUCGUCCGAAAACAAUGAUAAUAUUCUGAAAAAAUACUGGACAAACUCUUCUCAGUGUGUCAGGAAACAAUAUGCGGCAACUUGCAGGGAAUUCGGCCAAGUAGGCCUUUUUUUAAGAAAAGGUGUUAAUUGUUUUCCCACAGGAGCAAUGCUUUUUUUCCGGGACCAUGAUGACAAACGAAGAAGAUGGAAGUGAUUUAGCGGCGAUACGAGUAAUUUAUUCAGACUUCGAGAAAAACUAUCUUCAUAACGAGGUUUGUAAUUUUUCUUCAAAACCGUAAACUUUCUGACUUAAAACAGCAAAGGAAAUAUUUUUCCUCAUAGGUAAGUUUCUAGAAACGUGAAAAAAGCACAGAAAUACUAAAUAUUUUUCUUUUCUGACAGUGCAAAAUGAACAUACAGAUUGAUGUCCUAUAAAUGAACUGAAAUGUUUCUUCAGAAAAGUGACAUUGCCGGUGUUACUCCACAACAAAUGUUCUUCUAUUCUCUGGCAUCUUUAUGGUGUACUGAUGUGAGUUUACAAAUCGUCUACCUGAAUGAAAGAAAAACUUCAGAGUCAAUAUUCUCUAGGGACUCUAGGGUCUCAUUCCGAUCCUUACAUAAGAGUCAACGCUUUGUUGGCUCAAAUGGAUGAGUUUAAAGAAUCUUUCCAAUGCGCUGAAGAUUCUCGAAUGGUGAGAAGCAAGGUAUCACAACACAUUAUUCCAAGAAGAAAAAGACAAGUUUUUAGGUUGAGCACUGCGAAAUUUUCGGCAGUGAUGCACCACAAACUCGGAAAUCUUCUCACAAUGCUUUGUUGACUGAUUCGACAUAA